ACAACGAGAUCACGGAAGAAAUAAUAAAGGCAAGACCCCUGUUCCCGCCAAUGUUCGGGAGGGGGUCCGCGCGAUGGGUGACGACAGCCGCACCGGGACGUUUGUGGGCUCGCGCUCGGGUGCCGGCGAUCGGCGCUCGAUGCUCGGACGCCAACUACGCAAUCGUCGUGGGAACAUUGGGGAUUGGUUCGUUGCUGCAACCCUGCGUCUGACCCCGAGCUGUGUGUGCCUUGCGAAUACGAGGAGUGAGGGGACCUCCUCCACUUCCAGUCUCACGCCCUCUGCUUCCUCACUCUCGCUCUCAUACGAGUUGGAUGAGCUGAACUGCUGGCUUUGCUCGCUGGUGGUGUACCUCUGUGCGAGAGUGAGUUGUCUGCCAUUGGCAUUGUGCUCAUUUGAGGAUUAUACCACCUCGACAAUCGACUGCCCAGACACAUCACUGAAACCUACACCGACCGGAGCAGGAAAGCAACAAAAAUGUCCGACGACGGCCGGUUAAGCACCAGCACCAGCUCCUCCACCACCGGCGGCCCAACACCCAACUUCUCCCGUCCCCGCCAAACCCCGCGCCAACCCCCCUCAGCUCUGAAAUCCCACUCCCACUCUGCAACCAACAAACCCUCUCGCGAACGCCACGUGCACAUCCUCGACGCCUUCCACGAACCCCACCGCGCCCCGGCCGCCGUCUUCCCCGACGAACCGCGCUUCUCGGGCGAGUCGGAGCGCACCGAUCACACUUCUUCCGAGCACUCGGUUGGCUCGUGGGAUGGGCAUGGAGGGGAGGUGGAUUCGGCGAGACGGCGGCGGAGGAUGGAUAGUCAGCGCGCUGCUGCUGUUGCUGUGUCCGGCAGACCUGGACUACGCUCUGGGACGUCCGUGGGAAGCAACGGGGUGGUGGUGAAGAGGAACGAUUCCGCCGCGAGUUCUUCCGUGGAGGGGACCCAGUCGGCGCCGCCGCCGCCGAAGAUCGUCAAGCGCGUUUCCGUCGAUCAGCAGAGUGAGCGCGUCGCUGCUUUCGAGGACUCGGAGAGCCAUCACACCGUCUCCGAGAGCGGGGAGGAGGUCGGUGCUGUGGCUGUGGAGAGCGGCGGUUUGGGACGCUGGCAGAGUUCGGAUGCGGAUGUCAGUUCGUUGAGCGAGGCGCAGAUUCGGCGGCUGGAGAAGAAGGGCAUCAAUCCUGCGUUGUGGGUGGAGAUGCAGGCGGCGAAGAAGGGGAAGAAGAAGUGGAUGCCACAUUUGUUGGGGAAUGGGUUUAUUAAUUGAUUGAGUUGAUGGCGUUUGGACUGGUUUGGAUACCCAUUUUGAUCGACUUGGAUCGAGGUUAUUUGGUGGGGAGAGGGCGGGACGGAGGGGUUGGAGGGGUGAGAUG